CGCGGUGCGCCCCUGGCGGCGGACCGUGCAAGUGACCCUCGCGGAAAUAAUUAUCGCGAUUUAUGUUAUUUGCAAAUGUGAUCCGGGGGUCUAAUUAAUUAGGCGAUGCCGCGCGGCGACGAGUGACGGCGACGAAGACGGGCUCCUGGGGCUACCCGGCUACAAGCCGCGAGCGGAGGAGCAGACGUGUGGUGCAGCGGCGGCCGCGGCACGGGAAUGGACUUGGCGGAAACUAUGAAGAACAUUGUUGCCAAAGGUAUGCAAACCGAAAUGGGUCCACCGGGUGGAGGUUCGGGCUACUCCGCGACACCGAGCAACGCUGGCUACGUUACGGAGAAGAUGUACAUGUUGUUACAAGCGUAUUUGCAAAACAAAGGAUGGAAUCCCAGUAUCGAGCUGCUGCAGUGCUUCUCGGAGUUCAAGGACGCCUCCAUGAUGCCGAGCGCCGCUUAUUUGCAGAUGAUGGCAUCCAGAGUCGCCCUGGACUCGCAGGGUAGACUGGUCCUUAGGGAGAACGGCAAGAUAAUACUACCCUACGAACACUUCGCCAACGCCGUGAUGCUGAAACACAUGAACGGGCCGCACGGCUUGCACCUGGGCCUGGAGGGCACGGUCAGGGCGGUCAUGGAGUCCUACACCAUCGGCAGGGAGUGCUUCGGGAUGGAGAAGGAGUUUAUCAUCGAAGUCGUGCAGAACUGUCCCAAUCCAGCUUGUCGUUACUACAAGAAUCAGCUGGAGCUCACGCAGAAGAUGGGCCACAUGGCGCCGACUUACAUUCAAGAGAACGAGGCGACCGCGUCCCUUCUGCGCACCGGUUUUCCGCACAGCACAGAUUUUCAGAGCCUAAGCAGCGCUAAUCCGAAUACACACAUGGGAGGUGGAUCCGCGGCGGAUUUACCGGAGAUGAGGGGUGCUGGCAAUCAAAUGAAUCUUCAACGUCCCCCAAGCCGUCCGUCGUUAAAUAUUCCGCAUCGGCCUGUGUCGCAGGAGAAGAAAGUGCCAUCCGGCAAGCAACAUUACGAAUCUCUGAUACCUAAUAUACCGAUCUCCGAUCACAAGCUGACGGACUUUCUACGCAGCAAUCUGGAUAACUUGGACAAUCUCACUUCCCUCGGUUUAGGAAACCUACAAGGAUUAGGAAACGCCAAUAAGGACCUGUUGGCGCUGCACAACGGCGCAUGGCCUUUAGAGGGUGAAAAGGGAUCCCGGUCAUCGUCUUCAAAUUCGGAAGGUGGCCAAGAGAAGAUUGUGCGUGCUUUCGCAGAAGUGAUGAAGAACAUGGCAAGGAUGAAAGCUUGCGUACGGCCAGCAAUGUGCAAGCCGUACGGCAAACAAUCCGAGGCUCUGCAAAAAACACUGGUCGAUACAAUACAGCUUGUACAAUCGUUGAGAAGCUUCUUGCCGCCUCCGCAUAUACCGGUCUCGAGCUGGAAAAAUGAAGAUAAACAUCGAUUAGAUCACACCGGUACCCCCUACCUGUCAUCGUUAAAAGCUGGCGCGAUGGAAGAAUUAUGCGAGCAGCGUAAGUUAGACUAACCGUCGUCUUCGCUUUACUCGCGACAGACCAAGUUUCGUCUUUUUGCGCUCUAUGAUGUUCUAGUCACAAGAUGUUUAUUGAUUAGCUGGGUGUUUCGUAUCUAAACAACCCGAUGGAUUGCUCAAAAAAAAGUUGUUGGCGUUUAGGACUUCAAAUACUAAGAGACAAAAUGAGUCAUGCGUGGACUGUGAUAAACGUGGGUAGCGAGAAACAAAGAAGAAAAAAAAAAGAUUUAUAUGUAGGACUAAACUCACACACCGCGUCAUCUUAGGGAUUCGUACUAGCUUUAUUUCAUCGCUGUAAUACGCUGAUUUCGUAUUGUCAUUGUCUCUCGACCUGCCUAUGGGGCUUAUUCGGCAAAUAAUCUAUCGAUUAAUCCCCACACACGAUUACCGAAAGCCCAACGACUGAGUUACGAUUAUAUGUGUAUAAAUUGCAUAAAUAAUAUUCGAUACGAAUAGCAUUUAUAUUUACUGUUUGUCGAUUUAAUAAUUUGCCGUUUGUGUUCCAAUAAUUACUACCUGAUUAAUAAUAUGUAAGGCUUUUCUAUAUAAAUUCUGUAUAAAACUGUUAUGUAGAGAGAGAGGGAGAGAUGUGUAAAGCUUAAGUCAAAAUGAGAAGCAAAGACUAAAUUGAUUUGGUACAAAAGCUUUUUGCUAUUAAUUGAUUGCCUAGGAGGGCAAGGUUGACAACUUUCUCGAUUAUUGAACUCGUGUUACUUUGUUUCACAUGUUUUAACUUGUUUGUUGAGUAUAUAGUAUAUUCCUUAAAGUAGAACUUUGAAUUAAACGUGGACCGAGUUAUUCGAUUAGCGAGAAAUAAUUGUAUGUGUUCAAUUUAUGUGUGCAAUUUAUAUGUACGCGUGUAUACGUGUACAUAUAUAAAUUGUAUAUGUUGUAUAGGGCGUGCAGUUCAUUCAAUGCCACGAACGUUUCGAAGCAUUCGAACGGACCAGUCGGAAGAAAGAAUCUCAUUUCUUUGAUUGGCCGAACAAGAGAUGUUUCGAGGGAAGCGUUUGCAGCAUCGAGUGAACCGUGUGGCCGUAUAUGCACAUUUCCUUUAAAAAGAUUUAUAUAUUUUAUGCGUUAUUAUUUAUUUUUAAGGAGAGGAACAUAUAUCAUUGUUACUUCUAGUGCCGUUUCGCUGCGACAGGCAUGCGUUACAAGUGUUAAAAAAAAAAAAGGAUUUGUAAUAAGCUCCAUGGGCAGUACGUAUAUGCGGUGUGCACGUGAAAAGGGAAUCAUUGGUCAAUUCAUAUAGGUAUUUUUUAAGAAAGCAAAUUAUUUCCUAAUAUAUUAUAACGUAGAAAGGGAAAAAGAACGAAAUUGUUAUGUCAUUAGGAGAGGGCUCUCAGAGGGGCGGGGGAGGGGGAGGGCGAGGGGAGUGUGAUUUGCACUGACGCUCAAAGACUUCAUCGUGCACUAAGUAUUAUUACGCGCAGAAACGUUUUUACUCUCGCGAGAGAGGGAAAAACUUGCGAAUCAGAGGAUCCCCGCGUUUGUGUGAUCUCGAAAAAGAUCGAGAAGAAAAACGCGCUUCCUCGAAGUAUAAAACGGCAUAUCGUAAACGGGAGUUGCGGGAGUAAAAACCGUUUCCUACUCGGUUGUUAUACGCGCAAUGUAAGCGGUAUGAUAAUGAAAUGUUUUUCUCCUUCUUUCUCGGAUAGUGUAAAGUUACACAAGGCGCUCCGCGUCGUCGUCGUCUUUGGAUGUAAGCGAUAAAUGCCGUGUAUGUAAUCGCGCGCGCGCGGGGCACUCGAGAAUGCGUGGGCUCUGUUUUUUUUUUUCGUGGGCUGUGUGUAUGCGUGCGUGUGCAUGUGCACGUAUAUCUGCGAGAAUGCGAAACGUUUUUGGCUAUCAAAUAGCAAAAUUUUAUAUGAAUGCGCGUAUGUUGAAGAUGUCUUUCUAUACAUGUAUCUGUUAUCAUUUACUACACGUAACUACUCUCAUGCAGCGAAUGUGCCGAUCGAUUACCAAUUAGGAGUCGGAUCCACG